AUGCAUUUAAGGUUUGUUAUGUCAGUACCGCAAGAGAAGCAACUCUUUGCCAAGUUAAGUAAGUGUGAAUUUUGGAUGACUGACGUUAAGUUUCUUGGCCAUGUCAUAUCGCAAGGAGGAGUAGCAAUGGAUCCAUCUAAAGUUGAAGACGUUAUUAAUUGGGAAAGACCGAAGAAUGCUUCCGAAGUCAGAAGUUUCUUAGGUUUAACAGGUUACUAUCGAAGAUUUAUUAAAGGUUUUUCUCAGUUAGAUUUACCAAUGACUCAACUUACACUGAAGGAGACUUCUUUUAGUUGGGACUCAAAGUGCGGACAAAUUUUAAUGAGUUUGAAGGAAAGAUUGACAACUGCUCCUAUUUUAAUCAUCCCUGAUCCUAGUAAGACUUAUGAACUAUUUUAUGAUGCAUCUAAGAAAGGAUUAGGAGAAGUGUUAAUGCAGGGUGGUCAAGUUGUAGCAUAUGCCUCUCGUUAG